AGGCACAAUAACAAACAUGGCGCCGUUCGUUUUCUGAAAAUGCCGUGAAAGACUGCGCACAGGCGGUUUAGCGGGCUAAAACAGAAAGUCUACGGUGUGGCAGGGUGGCUAGCCGAUGGCCGAUGACAUAAUACACCUUGUUCCAAGGGCCGAGGACGCUGACGAGGAGGAAGACUCGGCGUCGGCCUCUGCGAUGGACGUCUCCUAUGACACCUCGCUGCCAGCGCAGCACACCUACCUCGGCAACGACAUGGAAGACCUCACGGGCAGAACUGUCUUCGAAGAGGACAGCCUGCAAACGAUACCUGUACUGACAUCUCAUGACGUAAUACUGGUACCAGGCCAGAUCUUGCCUCUUCAGAUAUUUCGUCCCUUGGAGAUAUCCAUGAUGCACAGGAUCAUUGAAAACGACCGCACAUUCGGCAUCGUUGGCGAAAGCUCGAUUGCCUCUUCGCCGCAGCCGCUAGGUACUACUGCCGAAAUACGGUCCUACAAAGAGGAGGUUGACGAGCUGUCAGGCGUAGCGACACUUGUAGUGAAAGCGGAAGGUCGGCAGAGGUUCCGCAUUGUAAGCUCCCGCACCAGAAGCGACGGCAUUCUCAUGGCUAGCAUUAAAAUACUUCCCGACAAGCCCACCGCUGACGUUGGUGAAGCCGCUCGACUUCCAAGCCUAUCGAGAUUUAAGGGGCGCUCAACGUUUCGGUACGCUCCGAGCGAGCGCCACAAGGACCCUUACGGGUUCUCCCACAUGACGGCCUGGCCAGCUUGGGUGUACCGACAGUACGACGCCAACCUACUGGUCUCAAAAAUAGAGACGGAGCUGCGCGAGUGGACUGAGAAUUUCGCCACCCUGAGUCUGCCGCGCGACCCAUGUCGCUUUUCCUACUGGGUUGCAAGCAGUCUUCUCCUCGACGACAAGCUGCGCCUGGAGAUGUUGUCUUACGACAAUCCUGUACAGCGGCUGCGAUGUGAAUUGGCCAUUCUUCGCGACUGUCGCGUGCUGACAUGCAAGGAGUGCAACCAAAAAAUGGCCGACAGGAGCGAUGUGUUCAGCAUGUCUCAGAGCGGACCACAGGGCGCUUACGUAAACCCUCAUGGAUACGUACACGAGAUGAUAACCGUGCGCAAAGCCACUGGCGUAUACCUCAAUGGUCGACCGAGCACACUGUACAGCUGGUUUCCGGGUUACGCAUGGACGAUCCUUCAGUGCAGUGGUUGUCACUGCCAUGUUGGAUGGAAGUUCACUGCCUCCAACAAAGCCCUUUUACCAAAGAAGUUUUGGGGCUUGUGCAGAGCUGCAAUAAGGCCAGCAUUGCAGACCGAAAGGCGUUCGUCAUAGGAAAUAUGCGGCUGCAUUCUGGGAACCUUGACACAAGCAAGCCUAGUCAUGCGCUGAAGUUGCCUUCGAAAGCCCCAACUUGUUUGUCACUUUCUCCAUUGAAGGAGCACGAUCUGGACUACUGAGCUGUUACCUAGGAAAGCAAGCAGAAAAACAUUUCAGCUUGACUUGCGUGUGUGCGCCGUAGUCCAGUCAGGUCUCCACCAUGUCACGCUUGCAUACCACCUGACUGAUGCGAGUUGAUAUUUGUAGGGCUUUAAGGUUCUGUGAUGUAGUUUGACGCAAUAGCUCAGUGCUUGUAGCCCAAGGUGACCACUACUGCUGCAUGCGGUGAUUGCUUUAGUUUGAAUGGCCAGUUUGUCAGCCUAUCUUUUUUUUCUUUCUGCAUGUGCAGCAAAACUUGAAUAUACUCACCACUGAACAAAAUGUGCCAUUUUUCUAUGGUAUGUAUUCAAACUCGUACCCAUGUGAUUGUUGUUGAGAAAGAAAUGAACCAAAUAAAAAGAUAAAGCUUU